AACAACAACAACAACAACUUCAGGCAGCUGCUGUUGGUUCGCUUCAAAACCGGUCGACGACGCCGCAGUUGCAUUCAGUUAUUAACGAGCGCUACUCACAGCUACAGCAGCAGCCACAUCAGCAGCGGCAGCAGUAACAGCAGCAGCAGCAGCAACAGCCACAGCUACAGCAGAAGUCACUUCACUCAACACACACACACACACACACGCAUACUAUCAGUUAAACUGAGAGAGAGAGCGAGAGAAAAGGACAGAGCGAGAGGGCUAGAGAGCACUUGAUAAACAGAAUUUGAGUCGCCGCUUCGAACAUUAUUUUCACGAGUUUGAGUCGGAGAGCGCAAAACGAAAACAGAAUUCAGUUUGAGUUGAGACGUUGUCGUGGGCACGUCGCAGCAAAGAGAAGAGCGCAAUAGCGACACACAGCGACACACACGCACACAGACAGCAGAAAAGGCGUAAAGCAAACCAAAGCAACGAAACAAGUUUCAAAAAAAACAUUUAGUGCAAAGUGACGAAAGUGCAAAACAACCAAAUCAAUAAGUGCUAACAAAAUACUAAACAACAUAAACUGUUCCACAAAACCCAAGAAAAACAAAAGGGAAUAUGUCUUCUACUUCCGCCUCGCCCAUCAGCAACAUAACCGUGGACGACGAGCUUAACAUAAGCAGAGAACAAGACUUUGCUGAGGAGGAUUUCAUUGUCAUUAAAGAGGAGCGUGAGAGCAGCUUAUCUCCCAUGUUGACUCCACCGCAUACUCCAACCGAGGAGCCACUUCGUCGUUCGACCGGCAACUCAGCCAGCUCAACCACAGCCACCACUGAGGAGUCGGUGGCAACGCAACUGCAUAUGAGACACAUGGCGCAUUACCAGCAACAGCAGCAGCAGCAGCAACAACAGCAGCAGCAGCAACAACAGCAUCGCCUCUGGCUACAGAUGCAACAACAGCAGCAUCCACAUGCCCACUAUCCGGUUUAUGCUGGAGCUAAUGCUGAUCCUGUUGCUGUGCAUCAGCAGGCGCUGCUGAUGAACCAGUGGAUACGCAAUGCGGCCAUCUAUCAGCAGCAGCAGCAGCAGCAACAACAGCAGCAGCAGCAACAACAACAGGCAGCAGCUGCCGCUGCAGCGCAUCAUCACCAUCCGCAUUCCCAUUCACAUCCUCAUCCCCAUUCCCAUCCACAUCAUCCGCACCAUCAUCAUGCACAUGCUCAUGCCCAUGUGCGUCCCUAUCCCGCUGGACUGCAUACCCUUCACGCCGCCGCUCGCCAUUUUGGCGUCAUGCCCAAUCUGAAGUUGAGCGGUGCAGCAGGUGGAGCAGGCGCCACAACGGGCAGCAGCCGCCCCAAGAAGCAAUUCAUCUGCAAGUACUGCAAUCGCCAGUUCACCAAAUCCUACAAUCUGCUCAUCCACGAACGCACCCACACGGAUGAGCGUCCCUAUUCCUGCGAUAUAUGCGGCAAGGCAUUCAGGCGUCAAGAUCAUCUGCGAGAUCAUCGCUAUAUACACUCCAAGGAGAAGCCAUUCAAGUGCAACGACUGCGGCAAGGGCUUCUGCCAGUCCCGCACGCUGGCAGUGCACAAGGUCACUCACUUGGAGGAGGGUCCACAUAAGUGCCCAAUCUGCCAGCGUAGCUUCAAUCAGCGUGCCAAUCUCAAGAGUCAUCUGCAGAGUCACAGCGAGUCGGCAACAGCAGCGCAGGCAGCAUCUGCAGCCCCGCCAGCAGUAGCAGCAUCAGUUGCAUCUCCAAUUGCUGCUCAGCCACCAGCCUUGGAUCUGUCCUCGUCGUCGGGUGGUGCUACGGUGGAGCGACCGAAGCGCAUGCUGGGCUUCACCAUUGAUGAGAUAAUGAGUAGAUAGAUUGGGCAGCUGGUCGCAACUUUAUUGGUUUUAUACGUUCCGGAUGCAUCACACACAUCCCAGAAUGCUGAGCGCCGCCAGGCAUGGGAAAUGCCUGGUCUGGAGUCGCAACCGUCGCAGUCGCAGCUCAGCUCAGCUCGAGUCGAGAGGGAGACGCCCACACGCAACUCGUCAUCGCCGUCGUCGCCCUAUCUCCAACCAGUGAACCAGCCAGUUCAUGAAGAGAACGGAUCACAGUCACAAAGAGCCCCAAUCGAAGCUAUAUAAACCCAAUCUUAUAUAGCUAUCGCAUUGGCGCUAUCAACUGCAAAAUGCCAAAGUAAAAAAAUAAAUAAAGAAAAGAAAAGAAAAGAAAAGAACGAAAGAAAGAACUUAGUUAAAUGUAUUGCGAAAGAAGCGCCUCCUACAAAACCAUUCCAAAAUACGGCACAGAGGAGUACUCUUGCCACACUAUAAAUUAAUAUAUACAAGUAUAUUUUAAGCUUCAAUAGUAUGAGUAUCAGACGUAUAUAGUUAUGUAAUCGUAUGUACCUUAUAGCCUGUAGUAGCUGCAUUCAGUUUGUAAUACACCAAUACCAAUACCAAUUCCCAGAGAAAACCUCAGACCUCUAUCGGUUAUUUUUUCAAAGACUGUAUAAUUAAUUGAUUGUUUUAAUUGAAUAUUAUAAAUACAUAAACCAAUAUUAAAUCGAUCCAUGCUUUGUUAAUUUUAGUUAAGUGUUAUGCUUGUUUCUAAUGACAAACACACGAGUUCUAUAUAUCAAUGUAUAUUUGUAGGCUGACUGCGCACAAAGACACAACAACGAUCUCAUUAUCUUAGUUUA